GAGCUAGUGAGAGACUUGAAUAUAUUCUCUCUGACUCCAGAAGUGAGCACUGAAGAUCGACUGUGACAAUGGAGACACGCAGGACCCUCAUGAGGAGUUUGGCUGUUGCGGUGGUCAUUGCAUCUAUGAUCUGGACUACAACAGCUCAAGUUCAAAAACCGAAGUACUCAUGCUGCACUAAAGUCCUCAGAGACAAGCUGACCGAUCCUAUCAUCAAUAUCAGGCUGCAACCUGAAAGUCUUCCAUGUGUGAGGGCCGUCAUCUUUGAGACGGAGCAGGGAGAUUUCUGCAUUGACCCAAGACAAUCAUGGGUGAAGGAGAUAGUUAAGCAGUUUUUCAGCAGCGCUCAAAGAAACAAACCCCUGACUUCCACAGCACCCCCAACAUCAUCUAUUAGUGACCAAACUCAUGUGGGAGGAGCUACACAAGACAAG